AUGAGUAAAACGCAAUUUAAGUAUAGUAUUGUUUCAACACAAAAUGAUGAUUAUAUAACAUCUGAACAAAAAGAUAUCAUUGAAAACAAAGACAAUGUGUCAGAUGAUUGGAAUACGUUACAAACUGAAGGCAGUUUACAUUGGACAUUCGAUACUUGGGUUGCACGAAAAUUCACCAUUGUUUGGCUGAACUCAAAUACACAACACUUGUACUCAGUCUUGGACAAAGAUAGUGUGGUCACUAAACUUCGCGAUGUUACGAGUUCAUUUCAUAUUUUUAACGAUGUUGACGAAUGCGUUGACUUUAUGACUGAUGUUGUCGACAAAGAUGUAUUUUUAAUCAUCUCCAAUCAGCAAAUACAACAACUACUUUCUCUUGUCGAAAACAUUCCUCAACUUGUAUCGAUCUAUAUUUUCGAUUAUGAACAAAUACAGAACGAUCAACAAGCAAACAGUUACAAAAAAGUGCAAGGAGUGUUCCCUGAUUUUUCUAUCAUGAUCAAUGCAUUGAAACAAAGGGCUUCUCGUCGACUAGUUGAUUCGACUUCUUUUAGUAUUAUUGUACCUGCCGCUUCCGCUCCUAAUCUCGACCAAUUAGAUCAAUCAUUCAUGUACACACAAUUACUCAAAGAAAUCAUUCUCGAACUCGAAAAUGAUCACAAUUCUCGGCAAGCUUUUACAGACUUCUGUCUUCAACAUCUUCAAGAGUACGACCUAAGAAAGCAACCACUAGUUCAGUUUCAAAAGUUCUAUGAUCGACAUUCACCUAUCUGGUGGUACACAAAAGAGACAUUUGUCUACACUACACUGAACAACGCUUUGCGCGCCCAGGAUACUGAAAUGCUGAUCAAGAUGGGCUUCUUUCUUCGCGAUUUGCAUGAAGAAAUCAAACAAAACUACCAAGGAUCAUCACAUUCGCCGAAGAUGAUUGUUUAUCGGGGACAAGGAAUGAAAAGCGCUGAUGUCGAUAAAAUACGAAAUGGUAAGGGUGGUCUGCUUGCAUUCAAUUGCUUCUUAUCCACGAGCGAGGACCGAGAAGUUUCAUAUACAUAUGCGGAGAGCGCUCGUGGAAAUAUGGUUCAACAUGGAGUUUUGUUUCGAAUACAGAUUGAUCCAUCCAUAUUCUCUGUACCAUAUGUUUCUGUAAGUCGCCUAAGUCAGUUCGGAGAGGAAAACGAAAUCUUGUUUUCAAUGCACACCGUCUUUCGUAUAAAUGAAAUAAAUGAAAUUGGUGAUCGUCUUUAUCAAGUGGAAUUGACUUUGACGAACGAUAAUGAUCCAGAAUUGAAAGUUUUAACUGAUUGUUUGCGAAUGGAAAUAGGAACAAUGAACGGAUGGCAUCGCUUAGGUGCGUUGAUGCAAACGAUGGGUAGAUACGACAAAGCGCUAGAAAUAUUCGACAUUCUGAUCAAAAAGCCAUCUAACGACGAUGAAGAUGAAGACGAAUUCAAUCGAAUCAUGGCAGAUUUUAGUAUUAACAGUGUACAUUGUUUGAUGGGUAAAUAUUCGAAAUCACUCGAACGUCUCGAACACAUGCUGGAGACAUACCGCGACGAAAUUUCAACCGAUAGUGUAUUUUUCAUGUUAAUUUACCUACAACUCGGUGAGGUGUACCGAUCAAUGGGUAACUAUCCAACUGCAUUGUCGUAUUAUGAAAAAGUACUUGAAACUGCUCAAAAAUAUCUUCACGACCAUUCAAGUCUUGGUAUCCUAUACAAUAAUCUAGGAUUAAUCUAUUGCUCGAAUGGAAAUUACACAGCUGCAUUGUCGCAUUUUGAGAAAGCUAUCAGAGUCAUCCGGAAAUGCCUCCCGAACAAUCACCCAGCUUUCGCCAUGCAUUAUAACAAUAUUGCGAUGGUUCAUCAAUUAAUUGGCAAUUACACAGCAGCCUUGCCAUACCUAGAAAAGGCCAUCGAAAUUAAUCAAAGGGCUCUUCCGCCGGAUCAUCCAUAUUUAGCCAGGAGUUACAACAGUAUUGCGGCGGUUCAUCAAUCACUUGGUAAUUAUACAGCAGCUUUAUCAUACCUAGAAAAGGCCAUCGAAAUUAAUCAAAGGGCUCUUCCGCCAGAUCAUCCAGAUUUAGCCAGGAAUUACAACGGUAUUGCGGUAGUACAUCAAUCAAUUGGUAAUUAUACAGCAGCUUUACAAUACCUAGAAAAGGCCAUCGAAAUCUAUAAAAAAUCUCUCCCACCGGAUCAUCGAGAUUUAGCCAGGAGUUACAACAAUAUUGCGAUGGCCCAUCAAUCAAUUGGCAAUUAUACAGCGGCUUUACCAUACCUAGAAAAGGCCAUCGAAAUCUAUCAAAAGUCUCUUCCUCCGGAUCAUCCAGAUUUAGCCAGGAAUUACAACGGUAUUGCGGUAGUACAUCAAUCAAUUGGCAAUUAUACAGCAGCUUUACAAUACCUAGAAAAGGCCAUCGAAAUCUAUGAAACGGCUCUUCCACCGGAUCAUCCAGAUUUAGCCAGGAGUUACAACAAUAUUGCGAUGGCCCAUCAAUCAAUUGGCAAUUAUACAGCGGCUUUACCAUACCUAGAAAAGGCCAUCGAAAUCUAUCAAAAAUCUCUUCCUCCUGAUCAUCCAGAUUUAGCCAUGAGUUACAACAAUAUUGCGGCAGUACAUCAAUCAAUUGGCAAUUAUACAGCAGCUUUACAAUACCUAGAAAAGGCCAUCGAAAUCUAUGAAAAGGCUCUUCCACCGGAUCAUCCAGAUUUAGCCAGGAGUUACAACAAUAUUGCGGUAGUUCAUCAAUCAAUUGGUAAUUAUACAGCAGCUUUAGCAUGCCUAGAAAAGGCCAUCAAAAUUAAUCAAAGGGCUCUUCCGCCGGAUCGUCCAGAUUUAGCCGGGAAUUACAACAGUAUUGCGGUAGUUCAUCAAUCAAUUGGUAAUUAUACAGCAGCUUUACAAUACCUAGAAAAGGCCAUCAAAAUUAAUCAAAGGGCUCUUCCGCCGGAUCAUCCAGAUUUAGCCAGGAGUUACAACGGUAUUGCGGUAGUACAUCAAUCAAUUGGCAAUUAUACAGCAGCUUUACAAUACCUAGAAAAGGCCAUCAAAAUUAAUCAAAAGUCUCUUCUUCCGGAUCAUCCAGAUUUAGCCAGGAGUUACAACGGUAUUGCGGUAGUACAUCAAUCAAUUGGCAAUUAUACAGCAGCUUUACAAUACCUAGAAAAGGCCAUCGAAAUCUAUGAAAAGGCUCUUCCACCGGAUCAUCGAGAUUUAGCCAGGAGUUACAACAAUAUUGCGAUGGCCCAUCAAUCAAUUGGCAAUUAUACAGCAGCUUUAUCAUACCUAGAAAAGGCCAUCGAAAUCUAUCAAAAAUCUCUUCCUCCUGAUCAUCCAGAUUUAGCCAUGAGUUACAACAAUAUUGCGGCAGUACAUCAAUCAAUUGGCAAUUAUACAGCGGCUUUACCAUACCUAGAAAAGGCCAUCGAAAUCUGUCAAAAAUCUCUUCCUCCGGAUCAUCCAGAUUUAGCCGCGAACUACCUCAAUAUUGGUACUAUUCAGCGAUUAUCGGGCAACUAUUCAGUCGCUUUGUCAUACUUCGAUAAAAUGCUAAAAAUCUCUCAACAUUCUCUUCCAGACAAUCAUGUCAAUACAGCUCUUUGUUAUAUUGCUAUUGGGGAUACUUAUCAGUCAUUGGGUAAUUAUUCGCAAGCGCUCUCAUACUUUGAGAAAAGCCUUGCUAUGCUUCAGAUAACUCUUCCGCAUGAUCAUCCGCAUAUGUCCCAUAUUUACGCACGUAUAGUCUAUAUAAGUCAAUUGACAAAUGAUCGCAUGUGUGUAAUAGAUAAUCUUGAAAAAGUUGCUGCAAUGCAACAAAAAUUUGUUGCGGACAAUGAACAAUUAUUUCGAUCAUCAUCUUGUGAUCCUCAAAAGAUGCGAGAAUGUACGAACCAUUUCGUAGAAGCUAUGUCCCAGAUGAAGAACGCUGUGAAAUUAAGGCGAAAACUGUCGUCAUCUCCGGAAAUUAUAUCCGACACUACCGGUGGCAGUACUGAUAACCUCAAACAUGUUUUGAAAAACUAUAUAGCAGGACUGUCGAACUUGGAAAGCAUUUUUCAGACGAUGAGCCAAGCGUCGUCCAUGGAGCGAUCAUGGUUAUAUGGAAACACAAUGAAUGCUGCUGACCAAGAUCAAUUUAGCGAGUGUAUGCAAAAGUUUAUUUUAUACAUGAGAAGAGGUUUCGAAACUUUGGGAAACUUAUCUUCAUCACAAAAGACAGCGGCGUCGAGUGGCGAUGACAUCGAUCAUGUAAUGAAACUCUAUGUGAGAGAAACGUUAACUGCAUUGUCGUAUUAUUCAAAAACACUUGAAGUGAGACAGAAAUAUCUUCCACCUAAUGAUCCAUCUGUAGCUACUGAGUACAACAACAUUGGUACUAAGCUCUGUGGCCUUGAUGAAAAUCAAGAAGCAUUAUCGUAUUUUGAAAAGGCACUAGAAUUGAUGCACAAAUCGCUUCCAAAUAAUCACAGUUUGUUGGCCAAAACGUUGAGCAACAUGUCCAAUGCAUUAGCUGACCUUGGACGGUAUCCUGAAGCAACUGACUAUGCAUGGCAUGCUGUUGAAAUAGCCCAUUCUUCCCUUGAAAUUAACCAGAACGAAAUAGCGGAGUACGAAUAUCGACUCGAACAACUUCUGGCAUUGACAUCAUAA